AUGUCUGACGUUCAGAAGCCCGUUGAGGAGACCCCCGUGGUCAUUCCCGCUGCUGAGACCGCUGUCGAGGUCCCCGCCACCACUGAGGCCACUGAGGCCCCCAAGGAGACCACCGAGGUCGCUCCCGUUGAGGAGACUGCCACCGACAAGCCCGCUGAGACUGAGGCCCCUAAGGAGGAGGCCAAGGAAGAGGCCAAGGAGGAGGUUAAGCCCGCCAGUGAGGGUAUCCUCGGCCACAAGGCUCCCGGUCUGGUCAAGAGCCUUCGUUUUGCCAAGCGUUUCUUCUACUUCAACGAUGAGCCCGUUGAGGCCAAGCAGCUCUCUGUCUUCCACCAGAACGAGAAGCCCGCCGUCGCCAACCCCACCGCUGCCUGGGCCAGCCAGACCGGCAAGGGUCUGCUCUUCCUGACCAAGCGCGCCGAGGACAAGGCCACCCCCGCUGGCAUCUUCAACCUGGCUGAGAUCUCCGACCUCACCAAGGAGGGCUCCAACGAGUUCCUCUUCAAGGUUGCUGGCCAGAAGCACACCUUCCAGGCCUCCAACGCUACCGAGCGUGACAGCUGGUUCGUCGCCCUCGAGGCCAAGUCUGCUGAGGCCAAGGCCGAGAAGGAGACCCUCACUUCCAGCGAGGGCUACAAGGCUGAGCUCGAGAAGCUGACCAAGCCCGCCGUUGUCGUUGCCGCCAAGAAGCCCGAGGAGAAGAAGGAGGAGGCCCCCGCUACCGAGGAGGCCAAGACUGAGGAGGCUGAGCCCAAGGAGGAGAAGCCCAAGGAGACUGCCAAGAGCCGCUCCCAGUCCCGCAAGCGCGGCAGCAUCUUCGGUGCCAUCCUCGGAAAGAAGGAGACUGAGGAGAAGAAGGCCGAAGAGCCCAAGGAGGAGACUGCUGAGGAGACCAAGGCUGCCGAGCCCGCUACUGAGGCCGCCAUUGAGACUCCCGCCGAGACCAUUGCUGAGCCUGCUGCUGAGCCUGCUGCCACCGAGGCCCCCAUUGAGGCUGAGGUUGUUGCCGCUCCUGUCGAGGCCACCGAGAAGAAGGAGGAGAAGAAGGCUAAGCGCGCCUCCAUCUUCGGAAACUUCUUCAACAAGGUCACCAGCCCUUCCCAGGAGAAGUCCGAGAAGGAGGCCACCGCCCCUGUUGAGGAGACUCCCGUCGCCAGCUCCGCCCCCCAGCUUGACAACCCCGUUGAGGAGGCCGCUGCCCCCAUUGAGGCCGAGGCCGUGAUCGCCCCUGCUGAGGCCGAGGCCGCCAAGGAGACCACUGCUGAGACUCCCCUUGAGACCCCCAAGGACAAGCGCCGCUCUUCGUUCUUCGGUUUCAAGAAGGAGAAGAAGGCCGACACCUCCGACAACGAGGCCACCACUGAUGGUGAGAAGGAGGCCAAGAAGGCCAACAAGCUCGGCGGUCUCUUCCGCAAGCCCUCCAAGGCUGUGAAGCUCGACAAGGAGGGUGUUGCCGCUGCUGAGACUGAGGUCAAGCCCGAGCAGACUGAGGCUUCUACCGAGGUCGCUGCUGAGACUGUUGUUCCCGUUGAGGAGGCCACCAAGGCCACCGAGACCGCUACCGCCGAGGAGCCCAAGAACGUUGAGGUCCCCACCUCCACCCCUGUUCAGGCUGCUGCUUGA